AUGGAACUCAACCGAAAACAUUUUCGCGCCAUAAUUUAUUACCACUUCCAGAGACAAUUAUCGCAACAAGAAUGCCUUGCUGAGUUACUUUUUAGCGACGAUCCCAGGGUGGGUGCACCAAAAACGCCAGUCACCCAGGAAAACGUCGAUGCUGUGCGCAAACUCAUCAUUGAAGAUAAACAUGUGACAUAUCGCGAGAUUGAGGCGUCCUUGAAGAUCUCAAAGACCUCAAUUCAAAAAAGUUUACAUGAAGAAUUAGGAGUAAGAAAAUUAGUUUCUCGUUGGAUACUCCACAUGUUGACUGAAGAGCAGAAAGCAGCCAAGGUUAAUUGGUGUCAAAAAACGCUUGACCGUUUCAAUUCCGGAAACUCAAAAAAUGUGGACAGCAUUGUUAGUGGUGAUGAAUCGUGGAUUUACUGUUAUGAACCAGAAAAUAAACGACAGUCGGCUGUUUGGGUGUUCCAAUGUGAAGAAAAGCCAACAAAAAUGGUCGCGACAUUUGUAUCAAAAGCGAAUCUUAUUGCAACAAUUCCUCUUAAUGAGCAAAGAACUGUUACCGCGGAUUGGUAUACCACCAUUUGUUUGCCAAAAGUCACCACCGAGCUUCGAAAAAUCAACCCCGAAAGAAGAAUCAUCCUCCACCAAGACAAUGCAAGCUCGCACGCAGCCCAAUUAACAAGGCAGUAUUUAACGGAAGAAAACGUGGAAUUAUUGGACCAUCCUCCAUAUAGUCCUAACGAUUCCUUUACUUUCCCGAAAAUUAAAAACAGACUGCGUGAUCAAAGGUUCCAGUCACCAGAAGAAGCAGUUGACGCAUUCAAAAAUGCCGUUUUGGAUCUGCCAGAAAACGAGUGGAAUAAGUGCUUCGAAAAUUGGUUCGCGCGCAUGCAGAUGUGUAUUAAUCUUCGUGGAAAAUACUUUGAAAAACAAUAA